AUGAAAUAAAAAGUGAUUUACCUCAACUAAAAUAUACACUUUAUAUAUAAGUAAUUCAAUUAGGAAAUAAAUAUUGAAAAAAUGAUAAAAAAACAGAAAAAACAAAAUUGAGGAAUCUUUUCAUCCUUUAAAAGAUCUAGCAAUACCAAAAAAGAAUGAUACUGAGUUUCUCCAUCAUACAAUUUCAUAAGUUCUUUAUAAUAAUUAGGGAUAUUAGUUAGAACAUUUUCAUCUUAUUAAUUUCUUGAUAAAAGAGGAACAAGAUAUGGUAAUGGAAAAAUUGCUAAAGAAAUUGAAAAUAUAUUAUUUCUG